AUGAAGUGGCCCAGCCAACCCGCAGCUUAGGAGAAGGUUUGCCAACCGGGCGAAUAAUAAGCUUCAGUUUCUGAUGUCCUGGCACUGCUUGCUCGGUGUUUAUCAGGAGGUACAUGUGACUGGUUAAGACACACACACACACACAGCCUGGCUCACAGGAAACAGCUGCUGGCGGCAUGCUCCACACUUGGCGGCUAGACAGGCAGAGUGCUGGUUCAAGGAAGAGAAAAUCACCCUAGUUUUCCAGAGCACUUAUAAUUUGAGUUGGCUGAACCAGUUCUUCAAUCUGCUUCCUUGAUGCCCUUUCCAGGGAUGACAGCUGUCCUUGACAUCUCUUCAGACCUGGAACUUUAUCUGUAUGAAAAUAGAUUCAUUUUCUUGAAGUAUAAUUAGGAACAGAGGCUCCACAAGGCGAGAGAACCACUGGCUGACACAGCUAUGGAGAUGAUCUGUCUACUGCUAGAAAUGUCUCCAGAUUUUUGACAACGGCUAAAUAACCAUGGGGUCCAGCGGCCUUGGGAAAGCAGCAACGCUAGAUGAACUGCUCAGCACAUGCAUUGAGAUGUUUGACGACAAUGGAGAACUGAAUGACAGCUAUUUGCCAAGAAUAGUUCUUCUGAUGCACCGAUGGUAUUUAUCUUCCACCGAACUGGCAGAAAAACUCCUCUGCAUGUAUCAGAACGCCAGUGGAGAAAGCUGUGAUGAGUUCCGACUGAAGGUCUGCUAUUUCAUGAGGUACUGGAUUCUGAAAUUCCCUGCAGAGUUUAAUUUGGAUCUUGGUUUGAUUCGUAUAACUGAGGAGUUCCGGGAAGUAGCUAGUCAACUAGGAUAUGAAAAACACAUCAACCUCAUGGACAUAUCCAGCAUUCCUUCCUAUGACUGGAUGAGGAGAGUCACACAGAGGAAGAAAGUAUCGAAAAAGGGGAAGGCUUGUCUCUUAUUUGACCAUCUGGAGCCCAUUGAGUUGGCUGAGCACCUCACUUUUCUGGAGCAUAAAUCUUUUAGAAGGAUCUCAUUCACAGAUUAUCAGAGCUACGUCAUCCAUGGCUGCCUGGAGAAUAACCCAACAUUGGAGAGAUCUAUUGCUUUAUUUAAUGGAGUCUCCAAGUGGGUCCAGUUGAUGGUCCUCAGCAAACCAAGUCCUCAGCAAAGGGCAGAAGUCAUCACAAAGUUCAUCAAUGUAGCGCAGAAACUCCUUCAACUAAAAAAUUUUAACACCUUGAUGGCAGUGGUUGGCGGCCUUAGUCAUAGCUCCAUUUCCAGACUCAAAGAGACCCAUUCUCACCUCUCUUCAGAAGUUACAAAGAACUGGAACGAAAUGACAGAGCUGGUCUCCUCCAAUGGCAAUUAUUGCAAUUACCGCAAGGCCUUCGCUGACUGCGACGGCUUCAAAAUCCCCAUCCUUGGCGUGCACUUGAAAGACUUGAUCGCGGUCCACGUCAUUUUCCCAGACUGGAUGGAGGAGAACAAAGUGAACAUUGUCAAAAUGCACCAGCUCUCCGUUACCCUGAGCGAACUGGUCUCCCUGCAGAGCGCCGCUCACCACUUGGAACCUAACAUGGAUCUGAUCAACCUGCUCACUCUCUCUCUGGACCUCUACCACACUGAAGAUGAUAUUUACAAACUGUCACUGGUGCUGGAGCCUAGAAAUUCUAAAUCGCAGCCUACCUCCCCCACGACACCCAACAAGCCUGUGGUGCCCCUGGAGUGGGCUUCAGGGGUGAUACCAAAGCCAGACCCCACAAUCAUCAACAAACACAUAAGGAAGUUGGUUGAGUCUGUGUUCCGAAACUAUGAUCACGACCACGAUGGAUACAUCUCCCAGGAGGACUUUGAGAGUAUAGCUGCCAAUUUCCCCUUCCUGGAUUCCUUCUGUGUGCUAGACAAAGAUCAGGAUGGCCUAAUUAGCAAAGACGAAAUGAUGGCUUAUUUCCUGAGAGCCAAAUCCCAGCUACACUGCAAAAUGGGCCCUGGAUUUAUCCAUAACUUUCAGGAGAUGAACUAUCUCAAGCCGACCUUCUGUGAACACUGUGCAGGAUUUCUCUGGGGCAUCAUCAAACAAGGAUACAAAUGCAAAGACUGUGGAGCCAACUGUCACAAACAGUGCAAAGACCUCCUGGUUCUGGCCUGCAGGAGACUUGCCCGGGCACCCUCCUUGGGCAGCAAUCCCGGGUCACUGCCUGGAAGUCCAGCUUUACCCCCAGCGCAGGAUGAGGUGUUCGAGUUUCCUGGGGUCACUGCUGGACACCGGGACCUGGACGGCAGAGCCAUCACGCUGGUUACAGGCUCUUCUCGUAAAAUCUCCGUGAGGCUGCAGCGAGCCACUGCUAGUCAAGCUACCCAGACGGAACCUGUGUGGUCAGAGGCUGGCUGGGGAGACUCAGGGUCCCAUACAUUCCCCAAAAUGAAAUCCAAGUUCCAUGACAAAGCGGCUAAGGACAAAGGCUUUGCCAAGUGGGAAAACGAGAAGCCCACGGUACAAGCUGGUGUGGAGGUUGUAGACCGAGGCACUGCAUUCAAACCUGACCAGGAUGAAGGGCAAGAUGAAGCCAAACAGGAUGUCGAGGAUGGCUGAGAUCAAGCUGGGGGAACUGAAGGCCAUCAUGUCAGCUUUGGGGAGAGAGAAGAAAAGCUCCGCAAAGCACUUCUGGCUCUGGAAGUGAUCUGGAAAAGAGAUCUGCACAUGCUCACAGCCUCAUGCCAACCUGGGAUCUCCAUGACCAGACAGGAUUUACCCCAACUCUGAACUAUUUAUUUCCCACACUCUGCCCCUGCUGAGGUGCCACGACCACUGUUAUGGAAUCAGCAGUUUCUCACAUCUCUCUAGAGCCGUUUAUACACAGGGGAAUGAGAGCUUUUGGCACAUGUGAUGAUACCCACUCUCUAAAUUCAAAACUUGGCUCUUUUGGACAAUAUUUUUUUUUUUUUAUAAAUUGUGGUGUGUGUGUGUGUGUGUGUGUGUGUGUGUGUGUGUGUGUAUGUGUGUGUGUGUAUCACCUAGGUCUCACCAAUCCUGUAUCACCAAGGGGAAUCACAGCCCCCAAGCUCGCCUAAUAUUCAUACUAGCUACAGUGAAAAAAAAUUAUAUGCCUCGUCACCUAAUUAUAUUCCACAAUUUCUGAAGAGUCCCAAAAUAGAAUGUUAAUUAAGAAAUUAAAUUAAAACAAACAAACAAAAACCACCAAAUUUCUAGGUGAAAAGAACAGCCAGUUUGGAAAGCCAAAAGUCACAUUAAGAUUUUUGUUUUAGAUAACCUCUGGAUGCAAAAGAUAACUUAAUUUCUUAAUAAAUUCUUACCCACAGUUGAAGAAUAUUCACAGAAAGAAAAAUCAUCAUAAACCUCACUAUGGAUUGAUAUUCCAUUUAUGCCUUUAAAAUAUUAAUACUUUAAAUAUCUUCCUUUGGAUGUCUAUCUUAUGAAAUAGUGAUUCAUGAUGCAGAAACAGAGAGACAAGGCCAGGUUGGGGUUACACACCACACCUGUAUUCAUUCCCUGCAGUUGGGUCAUGAGGUAGGAGGACCCUCAAGUCUGAGGUCAGCCUAGGAAACUUAGCAAGAUUCUAAGAAAACUAAUAAUAAAGAUAAAAGAAAAAUUGAGGUGAUUGAGUCUGUCAUUGAGGGGACCAUCUGAUGCCAAAUGACCAGUGAUAAAGUCUUUCACAGAGGUAGCCUGGUCCACAGUUGAGGGCUAACAUGUAUGCAUCCCAUGUAAAACCAAUUGUGUUUUCAUUUGGGAAAGUCACUGGUGGUUCUGUUCUGGUCCUUAGAAAUUGAGAGCGGGAGAACAUGAAUGUUAAGUGGUUUCAAUGUCUUCAGCGGCCAUGUGGGUGCUGGAAUUUUCCUCCAGAAAAAGCAGUCAGUGCUCUUAACCACUAAGCCAACCUCCAGCCCCAGUGUCUUAAAACUUUGGUGGAGCCGAUGUAAUCUGCCCCAACGGUUCUGGAAUGGGAAAGGAUUCAGACUGGGAAUACUGAAGAAUAAGUUAAACCAAUUAAUUGAGGAGCUGAGAUCAAGCUAGAGACAUACUCACUUAACAGUGUCAAGCACCUCAGAGGACAGUGGUGUUGGAUCUAUGUAUAUACACUAUGUUAUUAUUCAUAAAUACAGCUAAAUAUAUGUUAACCACUUAAAAACAGAAAAUGGUAACUUAAGUACAGGAAACCCUUCUGAAAAAAAAAAUCAGAAAGAAACCUGUUAAGGAAUGUUGGACUUUUUAUAUUUCUUUUUGAAGGAGUUAUUUCACUUGCCAUUUGACUUGGAUAUUUAUGUGUUUUUAUACACAGAAGGAAUUUUGUAUUUUCCAGUCUUCCCAUAAGGAAACAAAAUGUAGCGUCAAUGAAAAAUAAACAUAAAAAGAAA